AUGUCAGUUAACUUGGAACUCGUGAAAUAUUUGAUCGAGAAUCAUGUUACGAUCCUAGCUCAUCCCUUGAAUGGUCAACUAAAGGAUUUGUAUGCAAUGUUUUCAAUGUAUUUGCAGGAGUGGACUGAUGGCGGCAAAAGGUUAACUUAUGAAGAAUUCUAUGAGGACUUGAUGGAGAUUGAGCAUAUUUCACAGCGUGCUCUAGGGUUUGCAGUGGACAAUACUUUCUUGGAGCGUGAGAGAUUGGAAUAUAUUCACGUGAAUACCUUGAAGUACUUGUUCAACAAGUUCCAUACUGGGUAUUAUGAGAUAUUUGAGGAUACGGUGACAGUGAGAGAGCCUGGUAAAGCGAAGUGCGGAUCUGGGGACUCUAUGUUGGAGCGUUUAACUACCGUACUAGAAACAAAUGUCACUACCCCUAGCAUGCAAACCCUGACAAAGAUUGAAAGUAUGUUGUCUGUAAGGACGGCAUCAUUUAAAUUGGCGAAGGAAAGAGUGAAAUACACAGUUCCAUAUGAGCCGUACAUUCCAACCUGCAGGAACUCAAAGCACUCAUCUAUACUUGCGAAUGUUGCGUAUAUUUCGAACAACAAAAUUAUAUCACUGCAAAAGGACAAAUUGCUAAAGGCGAGUAAGGAGUGCAACAAGUUGAUUCAAUGCAUUCAAACUCACAUUCACUUUAUUCCGAACUUGAAACCGCAAACGGAUCUCACGUUAGGCGACUGCUCUUAUCUGGACACGUGCCACAAACUGCACAGUUGCCGCUAUGUCCAUUACCUUCAGUAUAUCCCGGAAAGGUUAAUGCAAUCCGUUAACCAAAUGACUGAGCAAAUGAACGAGACUCAAGAAAAAAAUAGGCGUAUUUGUUUCUAUACGCAUGGUGACUGUUGUUCCUCAGUUAUAAAAUCGAUUUUGCCAUCGCAGUGGAUCAAGUGUGAUGUCAGGAAAUUUGAUUUUACUAUUCUGGGCAAGUUUUCAGCUGUGAUUGCUGAUCCGGCGUGGAAUAUCCACAUGAACCUGCCAUACGGUACUUGUAACGAUAAUGAACUGUUGCUACUUCCCCUUGAUAUAUUACAGGAUGAAGGGCUCUUAUUUCUGUGGGUUACUGGAAGAGCAAUCGAACUUGGAAAAGAGUCUCUUACAAAUUGGGGAUAUAAGGUCAUCAACGAAAUCACCUGGAUCAAAACUAACCAGCUUGGUAGGACCAUUGUUACAGGAAGAACAGGUCACUGGUUAAACCACUCUAAGGAACAUCUCUUGGUAGGAUUGAAGGGUGAUCCCAAAUGGUUGAAUAAACAAAUUGACAUAGACUUGAUUAUUAGUUCAACAAGGGAAACAAGCAGAAAGCCUGACGAGUUAUAUGGAAUGGUUGAAAGAAUCGUAGGUACACAUGCCAGGAAGCUGGAAAUUUUUGGAAGAGACCACAAUGUCAGGCCAGGAUGGUUUACUAUUGGGAAUCAAUUAACAGGGACAUGUAUCCAUGAACUGGAUGUGAAACGGAAAUAUGAGAAGUUUGUCUCUAGCCCAACCAACCAAUCGCACAAGCACUCGAAUAAUUAUUCUGAACCUUCCGGGAAGGAAAAACAAUACUCUAAAGCACACUAUAUGGACCACCACCAGCAUCAACGGAAACCACAAACCAUGCAAAAUUCGCAGUCAUUAUCCAUGUCUACUAACGCAUACGUCCAAAAUGGCUUUAAACAGUUAAGUAUGGUUUCCUAG